GGGCCUGGCCGCCUCUCUCAUGUGACUUAGCCGGGCUCCUUCAACGCGGCUGAGAGAAGGAGGAGGAGGAGGAGGAGGAGAAGGGUGGCGGCGAGGCUGAAGGAGAGGCUCGGAUUAUGGCCACGGCGGCGGGUCUGCUCGCCGCCUCUGUUGGGCACGGCAAGACCCGGACCUGCCGGCGCUGAGAAAGGAAAGGAGGAGAAGUCGCCGAAGUCGGGCACUUUUCGUUUCCCAUCAUGGCUGAGCCGCCGGGCGGUAACGGCGCCGUUUCUCCUCCGGUCGGUUUGCCCCGAGAGGUCCGUGAGCAGCUUGCGGAGCUGGAGUUGGAGCUUUCGGAAGGAGAUAUUACCCAGAAGGGCUAUGAGAAGAAAAGGGCGAAAUUAUUGGCUCCAUAUUUCCCACAGACUCAAGGGAUUGAAACAGGUUUACAAAAAGAAGCCCGCAAUCAGACACCAACUCCAUCUGCGGUUCCUGCACCAUCUUCAUCUAAAUAUCACCGAGGACGCUCUGGGGGAGCCAGAGACGAACGCUACCGGUCUGACAUCCAUACAGAGGCAGUGCAAGCUGCAUUGGCAAAACAUAAGGAACAGAAGAUGGCCCUGCCUAUGCCCACAAAAAGGCGCUCUACGUUUGUACAGUCUCCAGCUGAUGCCUGCACGCCUCCAGACACGUCUUCUGCCUCCGAAGAUGAAGGUUCGCUCAGGCGCCAGGCUGCCCUAUCUGCUGCAUUGCAUCAGAGCUUACAGAAUGCUGAGUCAUGGAUCAACCGAUCUAUUCAGGGGUCAUCCACAUCUUCAUCAGCAUCUUCUACACUAUCCCAUGGAGAAGGCAAAGGGACCAGUGGGUCACUAGCUGAUGUAUUUGCCAAUACUCGAAUAGAGAAUUUUUCAGUUCCCCCGGAUGUUACUGCAACUACCUCCACACCCGCCUCUUCUGCACGCCCGUCUGCUAUUGACCUUCCUCCAUCGGGAAUAGUGAAGGGCAUGCAUAAAGCAUCCAACCGGUCCAGCCUUAUGGACACAGCUGAUGGUGUCCCUGUAAAUAGCAGAGUCUCCACAAAAAUCCAACAGCUACUCAAUACUCUGAAGCGACCUAAACGGCCACCUCUGAAGGAGUUCUUUGUGGAUGAUUUUGAAGAAAUUGUGGAAGUUCCACAGCCAGAUCCUAAUCAGCCCAGGCCUGAGGGGCGUCAGAUGACACCUGUGAAGGGAGAACCCUUGGGUGUAGUUUGCAAUUGGCCUCCUGCUUUAGAAGCAGCUCUGCAACGCUGGGGAACAACGCAGGCCAAGUGUCCUUGUUUGACAGCCCUGGAUGUCUCUGGGAAACCCGUCUACACAUUGACAUAUGGCAAGCUGUGGAGCAGAAGCCUUAAGUUGGCAUAUACACUAUUGAACAAGCUGGGCACCAAAAACGAGCCUGUAUUGAAACCUGGAGACAGGGUAGCCCUUGUUUAUCCCAACAAUGACCCUGUCAUGUUCAUGGUGGCAUUCUAUGGCUGUUUGCUGGCUGAAGUCCUCCCAGUGCCGAUAGAGGUGCCUCUAACCCGAAAGGAUGCUGGUGGCCAGCAGAUUGGCUUUCUGCUGGGUAGUUGUGGCAUUGCUUUGGCCCUCACCACUGAAGUUUGCCUGAAGGGACUCCCCAAAACACAAAAUGGAGAAAUUGUGCAAUUCAAGGGUUGGCCAAGGCUCAAGUGGGUGGUUACAGAUUCCAAGUACCUCUCCAAAACACCAAAGGAUUGGCAGCCCAACAUUUCAAAUGCAGGGACUGAGCCAGCUUAUAUUGAGUAUAAGACCAGCAAGGAGGGGAGCGUGAUGGGUGUAACUGUGUCCCGAAUUGCUCUCUUGUCUCAUUGUCAGGCUCUGUCUCAGGCAUGCAACUACUCGGAAGGUGAAACGCUGGUGAAUGUCCUGGAUUUUAAAAAGGAUGCAGGAUUGUGGCACAGCAUGCUAACGAGUGUAAUGAACAAGCUGCACACCGUCAGCGUACCCUAUGCAGUGAUGAAAACCUGCCCUCUUUCUUGGGCACAGAGGGUUCACACUCACAAAGCUAAAGUAGCUUUGGUGAAAUGUCGAGAUUUGCACUGGGCCAUGAUGGCUCACCGGGACCAAAGAGAUGUCAGCUUAAGUUCCCUACGGAUGCUGAUUGUAACUGAUGGUGCUAAUCCUUGGUCUGUGUCCUCGUGUGAUGCUUUCCUGAGUCUAUUCCAGAACUACGGGCUUAAACCAGAGGCAAUAUGUCCUUGUGCUACAUCUCCUGAAGCAAUGACAGUGGCUAUCCGGAGACCUGGUGUUCCCGGGGCACCUUUGCCUGGAAGAGCUAUCUUAUCAAUGAAUGGUCUGAGCUAUGGCGUCAUUCGUGUAAAUACAGAAGAUAAGAAUUCUGCUCUCACCAUACAGGAUGUUGGUCAUGUUAUGCCAGGUGGAAUGAUGUGUAUCGUGAAGCCAGAUGGCUCCCCUCAACUUUGCAAGACAGAUGAGAUUGGGGAAAUCUGUGUUAGCGCCAGAACAGGAGGGAUGAUGUAUUACGGGCUGAGUGGAGUAACUAAGAACACGUUUGAGGUCUUCCCAGUGAAUUCAGCUGGUUCUCCUAUGGGAGAUGUGCCUUUUGUGCGAUCUGGCUUGCUGGGGUUUGUUGGGCCUGGCAGUCUGGUAUUUGUGGUUGGAAAAAUAGAUGGGAUGCUCAUUGUUAGUGGACGCAGACAUAAUGCUGAUGACAUUGUGGCCACUGGAUUGGCAGUUGAAUCCCUAAAGACGGUUUACAGAGGAAGGAUUGCUGUGUUCUCUGUGACUGUGUUUUAUGAUGAAAGGAUUGUGGUGGUAGCUGAACAACGACCUGAUGCUUCUGAAGAAGAUAGUUUUCAGUGGAUGAGUCGUGUACUGCAGGCAAUUGACAGCAUUCACCAAGUUGGAGUAUAUUGCCUCGCUCUUGUUCCAGCAAAUACUUUGCCAAAAACUCCUCUGGGUGGGAUUCAUUUAUCUCAAACCAAACAGCACUUCCUGGAAGGGUCAUUGCAUCCGUGUAACAUUCUCAUGUGCCCACACACGUGUGUAACCAAUCUGCCUAAACCCAGGCAGAAACAACCAGCAGGUGUUGGUCCUGCCUCUGUGAUGGUGGGGAACCUGGUUGCAGGGAAGCGUAUUGCACAGGCCUCUGGGAGGGAUCUGGGACAGAUAGAAGAGAAUGACCUGGUGAGAAAGCAUCAGUUUCUGUCUGAGGUGCUUCAGUGGAGAGCACAGGCAACUCCUGAGCACAUGCUUUUCCUCCUGCUCAAUGCCAAGGGGGCCCCUGUCUGUACAGCAACUUGCCUACAGCUGCACAAGCGAGCGGAGCGAAUUGCAUCAAUUCUGUAUGAAAAGGGACACCUCAAUGCUGGUGAUAAUGUGGUGCUGCUCUAUCCUCCUGGCAUUGAACUCAUAGCAGCAUUUUAUGGCUGCCUGUACGCUGGCUGUAUCCCAGUGACUGUCCGGCCUCCACAUGCUCAGAACCUCACUGCCACUUUGCCCACUGUGCGGAUGAUAGUAGAUGUGAGCAAAGCUGCCUGUAUUCUCACAAAUCAAAUUCUGAUGAGACUACUGAGGUCCAGAGAGGCGGCGACUGCAGUUGAUGUAAAAACCUGGCCAACUAUCAUCGAUACAGAUGAUUUGCCCAGAAAGCGGCUACCUCAGGUCUACAAACCACCAACUCCAGAAAUGUUGGCAUACCUGGAUUUUAGUGUUUCCACAACAGGGAUGCUUACAGGAGUAAAGAUGUCCCAUGCAUCAGUCAGUGCCCUCUGUAGAGCCAUAAAGCUCCAGUGUGAGCUGUACUCCUCCCGGCAAAUUGCCAUCUGUCUUGAUCCCUAUUGUGGCCUCGGCUUUGCACUUUGGUGUCUUUGUAGUGUGUAUUCUGGUCAUCAAUCCAUUUUAAUUCCUCCUAUGGAGUUAGAAUCCAAUCUUUUCCUGUGGCUUUCCACUGUAAGCCAGUAUAAAAUACGGGAUACUUUCUGUUCCUAUUCUGUCAUGGAUAUGUGUACUAAGGGGCUCGGGAAUCAGGUGGAAGUAUUAAAGGCAAGAGGUAUCAACUUAUCAGGAGUCCGGACUUGUGUAGUGGUGGCCGAAGAACGCCCACGUGUUGCACUUACUCAGUCUUUCUCCAAGCUUUUCAAGGAUAUUGGUCUAUCAUCUCGUGCAGUCAGCACCACCUUUGGGUCAAGAGUCAAUGUAGCUAUCUGUUUACAGGGAACCUCAGGGCCUGAUCCAACCACGGUUUAUGUGGAUCUGAAAUCAUUGCGACAUGACAGAGUGCGACUAGUUGAAAGAGGUGCUCCCCAGAGUCUCUUACUCUCCGAGUCAGGCAAGAUAUUGCCUGGAGUCAAAGUGAUAAUUGUUAAUCCUGAGACCAAGGGACCUGUUGGUGACUCACACCUUGGAGAGAUCUGGGUGAAUAGUCCUCACACUGCUAGUGGCUAUUAUACCAUCUAUGAUAGUGAAACCCUCCAAGCAGAUCAUUUCAAUACCCGCCUGAGCUUUGGUGAUGCUGCUCAAACUCUCUGGGCACGAACAGGAUACCUUGGCUUUGUACGACGGACUGAACUCACAGCCGCUACUGGAGAACGCCACGAUGCAUUGUAUGUCGUUGGGGCACUGGACGAAACUCUGGAAUUACGUGGAUUGCGUUAUCAUCCAAUUGAUAUAGAAACUUCAAUUUCUCGGAUGCACAGGAGCAUCGCAGAAUGUGCUGUAUUCACAUGGACCAAUUUACUUGUAGUGGUUGUGGAAUUGUGUGGCUGUGAGCAGGAAGCUCUUGAUUUAGUCCCUCUGGUUACCAAUGUGGUCCUGGAAGAACAUUAUCUGAUUGUAGGAGUCGUGGUGGUAGUUGAUCCUGGAGUGAUACCCAUCAAUUCCAGAGGAGAGAAGCAGCGGAUGCAUCUCCGUGACAGUUUCUUGGCUGAUCAACUGGAUCCCAUAUAUGUAGCAUACAACAUGUAAUUUUGCAAGGGUGGGUCUGAAAUUAUCCUACAAACUGAGCAAGAACCAGGAAUGAUUGUGGAAACAAAGGAAGCUGACAGAAAAAUUAGCAAUGGUAGUUGUGAAGCUGGACAAUGCUGUUUGACUCCUUUUCUCUCCAUCUUACUGGACUGACAGCAAGCUGGACUGAUCAAAAGACAAAAGAUGGCAACCAGGGAUCUACAUUUGUAUUGUAAGAUGAUAGCUUUACAGGCAAUGAAAAAUAGGCCCUCGUGAAAAGUGAACACCAAUUAUUAGGGCCUUUAUUGUAGUGUUAACAUUUUCAAUUACUGUAUAUAUUUGUACUUUUUCUAACACUGAUUUAGAAUUCUAUGAGGGAUGAUUUAUUUAGUUAAAAUCCAAAUCUGUAAGAACCUGGUUAUGUAAGUCCUAUGUAUACCGUCUGUAAACAGUGUACUUUAAAACUGUUAGCUUAAUUCUGUAGUACUGUGUUGAUAGGGAUCACGUUUACUUAAAAUUGUGCCAUGACCACACUCAAUAUUCAACAGAAGAAUCACUUAUUCAUAUAGCUUAUCUCAUGAACUUAAACAGAAUUUGCCUCUAUUUAAAAUAUAUGUAAAUAUUAGUAUGCAUAAUUCAUUUAGAAAACUGAUUCAAAUAUUUAAGAAUUUAACAAAGUCCUUAAAUAAAUUAUGGUUAGGCAAUUAAAGUGAGGAAUGCAAUUACACUAUUAGGUUUCUUAUUUUGUUGCUGGUCAGGUAUGACAUAGCAUGUAGAAACUUAUGUUUUCAAUGCACAUGUUUAUAAAGAGGCUGACACCCAUCAGCGUUACAAGCAUUUUAAAAAGCAAGAAGCAAUUCUGUGACUUUGGAAUGUUGAAUAGGAUUUGUAUAGCCUACUAAAAUGGUUUUUAUAAGCAAACACUUGUUAACCAGAACCACUCCAUUCAUGAUCUUAGACAUAUUUUGUUGGAUGCUGCACAGUAACAAUUCAUUUAAAAGAAAAUUCCUACCAUUACUUUGAUGUGCUUCUUUCUGUGGGAUUCAUUACUGUACUGCAAAUCAUGGGCUUUUGCAGGAUGUCUUUGAAUCAGAAACAGCCUAAUUCUUUUGAAAGAUUGGCAAGUUGUGAUUAUCCCAUUCAAAAUAGCUGAUCAGUUUCAGCCUUCAAAGAAUUGAUGACAAUAGAUGCCUUAAAAUGUGCUGGAAUAGCCAUUGUUUGAAAAUGACCUGCAACCCCAUCUCCAAUACGCUGGUAGGAAAAACAAUAUUUCUAUUUAGACCAUUAUUUUUUUUCUGAUUACACUUUAGAAUCUUCUCUUUGUUUCUCCUUAAGAAGUUUGUUAAAAUAACACAGAAAGCAGAUACUAGAAAUGGUGACAAACUUCCUUGGGCCAUUUGUGGCCUAUUGUGUAAAUACUUAGAAUAUUUUAAUAAUGUCUGUUUACCCUCCCUGUAACAAAGUUAGUGUUUUUAGACAUUUUUAAAAGAGAUAUAAAUAUAAACCUGGAUUAAAUCCUCAGCUACAGCAGCUAUAUUAAGUGUAGCUCUGGCAACUUAUUCCUUAAGACAAAUUCCAAAUGUAUACUUGAAAACCUUUCUGUACAAACUUUCAAAAGCUUGUUUUUUUAAUGGCUUGACGUAUAGAUAUUUAGACAGAAACUUUUAAAUAUAUUAACAAAAUAUUCACAAUUACCUUCUUAUACAUAUGUUGUUCAAUAUAUCUAGAAUUGAAGAAUUAUGGCAAAAAUAGUACAGGGUGGAGGGAGUUUCAUUACUUCAAAUCGUUGAAAUAUUAACUACUGGUUCUUAAUGGAGACGAUUUGAAUAUUUUGCAUUAUCAGUAUUUCCACAGUGUGGUGCUGCUAUGUAAAUUAAAAUGCACUCCAUGCUGAAGUUGUUUUAACUUGUAGUUUGCAAUAGUUUGGAAAAGGAACACAGAUAAAGCAAUUGCUGGCACUCCACAUGGGAACAGAAGGCCUUCAGCAAAUAAAUGUUCUGUGUACUCCAGCCUUUAUUUAUUCACGCCAAUGUGGCUCUUAAGAGGUCUCAAUUUUUAUAAAAAAUACACUUUUAAUGUCCUACAGAAUGAAAACAGAGCAUAGUUAUCUACCCAAGGUUGUAGCAGUAUUUUCAACACUUGCAUUUAGAUUCUUACUACAUUUAAUAUGGUAAUUUACUAUGUGCAGUCUAGAAGAACAUUUGAAAAUAUUACAGAACUUCUAAUCUGAAAUACUUCAAAUUUUGUUUUCAACGUUAAUUUCAAAUAUAACAUUUUUCUCCUUGAUUUAAUUGUUAAAUAUUUUAUUUCUUCCCUGUUAAUGUGAGAUUUUAAUAUACUUUCUCCAAAGAUUUAUAAUUAAUACACCAAGAAUUUCAAUGUUACUCUUUAGCCCUGAGAUCUCUUCAGUGCCACACGUAUUUGCCUUCCAAUAAUUUAUACACAUGGCUGAGAUUCCAAAGGAAUGAUUGUAGAAUCAGUGCUCUCUUUAUGGGGGUUCUGACACUGAUUUGCUCAGUGUGGCUUUGGGUGUGCUAUUCUGUGUUCUCCAUCAGACAUUACAGAUUCCACGUGGAACACAAUAAGGAUUAGUUCUCUGUAGGUUCUGGAGUUAGCUUGUCCUUUCCCACCCCCACCCCAUUCCACCUAAUCAUUGUAUGGUAAUAUUUUUUCAUAUA